AAAGGUCAGCUUGGUAGACCAAUUCUGGAUAUGCCUUACUGGAAUGCAAAACCAGCACCUAUGCCUAAUAUAGGCUCUAAAUAUGGACGCAAAGCGACGUGGAUUGGAGCAAGUGGAGACCAGACUUUUCUCCGGAUUGAUGAAGCUCUCAUUAAUUCUCAUGUGCUUGCUACAUCAGAGAUAUUUGCAAGCAGACAUAUAAUAGGUUUGGUACCAGCUUCAAUAUCAGAGCCUCCUCCUUUUAAAUGUCUUCUGAUAAACAAAGUAGAUGGCAGUUGCAAAACAUUCAAUGAUUCUGAGCAGGAAGACCUUCAAGGUUCUGGUGUGUGUCUGGAUCCUGUCUAUGAUGUUAUUUGGAGGUUUCGACCAAAUGCUAGGGAACUGUGGAGUUACAAUGCAGUAGUUGCUGAUUCCAGGCUUCCCUCAGCUCCAGACAUGCAAUCCCGGUGUAGUAUUCUGAGUCCAGAACUUGCUCUACCAACAGGCUCCAAAGCUCUGACCACCAGAUCUCAUGCAGCUUUGCACAUUCUAGGUUGUCUUGAUACUUUGGCUGCUAUGCAGGACUUAAAAAUGGGUGUAGCAAAUACAGAAGAAGAGACUCAAGCAGUAAUGAAAGUUUAUUCUAAAGAAGACUAUAGUGUUGUUAACAGAUUUGAAAGUCAUGGAGGGGGCUGGGGUUAUUCAGCCCACUCAGUAGAAGCUAUCCGUUUCUGUGCUGAUACGGAUAUUUUGUUAGGUGGUCUUGGUCUCUUUGGAGGUCAUGGAGGGGGCUGGGGUUAUUCAGCCCACUCAGUAGAAGCUAUCCGUUUCUGUGCUGAUACGGAUAUUUUGUUAGGUGGUCUUGGUCUCUUUGGAGGUAGAGGUGAAUACACUGCUAAAAUAAAGUUGUUUGAAUUGGGUCCCGAUGGGGGAGACCAUGAGACUGAUGGAGACCUUCUUGCUGAAACGGAUGUCUUAGCGUAUGAUUGUGCUGCUAGAGAGAAGUAUGCAAUGAUGUUUGAUGAACCAGUACUCCUACAAGCUGGCUGGUGGUAUGUAGCAUGGGCAAGAGUAUCAGGACCUAGCAGUGAUUGUGGAUCUCAUGGACAGGCCUCUAUUACUACAGAUGAUGGCUGGACAACACUGGUGCUGGGAGUUGAAGAACUUCGCGGGCUUAAAGGUUUCCAAUACACCGCUACUCUUCUGGAUUUGGAAAGGUUGCGUUUUGUGGGCACUUGUUGCCUGAGGUUGCUGAGGGUCUACACCUGUGAAAUAUAUCCAAUAUCAGCUACGGCGAAGGCGGUUGUAGAAGAAACCAGCAAAUUAGCAGAUUGCAUUGGAAAAACUAGGACCUUGCUGAGAAAAAUUUUAUCUGAAGGAGUUGAUCAUUGCAUGGUGAAGUUGGACAAUGAUCCACAGGGAUACCUCAGUCAGCCUCUCAGUCUUUUAGAAGCUGUUCUGGAAUGCCAUAAUACAUUCACAGCUUGCUUUCAUUCAUUUUAUCCAACACCGGCUCUUCAGUGGGCAUGUCUUUGUGACUUGCUGAAUUGUUUGGACCAGGAUAUCCAGGAAGCAAAUUUCAAAACCUCCAGUAGUCGGCUGCUUGCUGCUGUUAUGUCUGCUCUCUGCCACACUUCAGUAAAACUGACCUCGAUCUUUCCAAUUGCGUAUGACGGAGAGGCGUUGCUGCGCUCAAUGGUUAAACAAGUCAGCACUGAGAAUGACUCUGCUCUAGCCCAUCGUUUUCCUCUUUUGGUUGCACACAUGGAAAAACUUAGUCAGAGUGAAGAAAAUGUUUCAGGGAUGACAAGCUUUCGGGAGGUGCUAGAAAAGAUGUUGGUCAUUGUUGUUUUACCAGUGCGGAACAGCCUUAGAAGAGAAAAUGAGCUUUUCUCUUCACAUCUGGUUUCUAAUACCUGUGGGUUGCUUGCCAGUAUUGUGAGUGAGCUUACAGCAUCAGCGUUAGGAUCUGAGGUUGAUGGACUGAACUCUCUCCAUUCUGUCAAAUCCACUCCAAACCGAUUCACUAAAACAAGUCAGGGAAGGAGCUGGAAUACUGGGAAUGGAUCCCCUGAUGCAAUAUGUUUCUCUGUCGACAAACCCGGUGUAGUCGUGGUAGGAUUCUCUGUUUAUGGUGGAGGAGGAAUUCAUGAGUAUGAGUUGGAGGUAUUAGUUGAUGAUAGUGAUCAUACUGGAGAUUCAACUCAUUCUCAUAGAUGGACUUCUUUAGAGUUGGUUAAAGGAACUUACACCACAGAUGAUUCUCCCAGUGACAUAGCUGAAAUCAGAAUUGACAAAGUCGUGCCACUGAAGGAAAAUGUGAAAUACGCGGUUCGUUUGAGGAAUUAUGGAAGCCGGACUGCCAAUGGAGAUGGAGGGAUGACCACAGUUCAGUGUCCAGAUGGUGUAACAUUUACAUUUAGUACAUGUAGUCUGAGCAGUAAUGGCACAAACCAAACGCGAGGACAAAUUCCCCAGAUUCUUUAUUACAGGAGUGAGUAUGAUGGAGAUCUGCAAUCACAGCUUUUGAACAAAGCUAAUGAAGAAGAUAAAAACUGUAGCAGGGCUCUUUCUGUGGUGAGCGCUGUUGUACGAGCUGCUAAAGACCUGUUGCACAGGGCUCUUGCUGUAGAUGCUGAAGACAUUCCAGAACUCCUCAGCUCUUCCAGUCUGUUUUCAAUGCUGCUUCCCCUCAUAAUAGCCUACAUAGGACCAGUAGCAGCAGCUAUUCCCAAGGUUGCCGUUGAGGUCUUUGGCCUAGUACAGCAGUUACUUCCUUCGGUGGCAGUUCUGAAUCAGAAAUAUGCCCCUCCAGCUUUUAACCCGAAUCAGUCUACAGAUAGCACCACCGGCAACCAACCAGAGCAAGGGCUUUCAGCUUGUACUACCUCCAAUCAUUACGCUGUCGUAGAAAGCGAGCAUCCCUAUAAACCUGCCUCUGUCACGCACUAUAAGGUGACUUUUCCUGAAUGUGUCAGGUGGAUAACGAUAGAGUUUGACACUCAGUGUGGCACUGCUCAGUCAGAGGAUGUUCUUCGUUUACUAAUUCCUGUCAGAAUUGCACAGAGUCUGGGAUUUGGACCAAAGCAUGGUUCUGUUCAUGAAAACCUAAAUUCAUGGAUAGAACUGAAAAAAUUCUCAGGAUCUUCAGGAUGGCCUACCAUGGUAUUAGUGUUGCCAGGAAAUGAAGCUCUUUUUUCUCUGGAGACUGCAUCAGACUACGUGAAAGAUGAAAAGGCUUGUUUUUAUGGUUUCAAAUGUUACGCAAUUGGAUAUGAAUUUAGUCCAGGCUCUGAUGAGGGUAUUAUUCAGCUGGAGAAAGAAUUGGCAAAUCUGGGAGGAUCAUGUGCUGCAGCUUUGAUGAAGAAAGAUCUAGCGCUUCCUAUUGCAGGUAAUGAAUUUGAAGAAGAUCUGGAGAUACUUGAAGAGGCAGCCUUACAGGUUUGCAAAUCUCACUCCGGCAUUCUUGGGAAAGGCUUGGCCCUAUCUCACUCACCAACCAUCUUGGAAGCUCUUGAAGGAAGUCUUCCACUGCAGGUUCAAAGUAAUGAACAGUCAUUUCUGGAGGAUUUCAUUGCUUGUGUAUCAGGAUCAAGUGGCGGGCGACUUGCAAGGUGGCUUCAGCCAGAUUCAUAUGCUGAUCCUCAAAAAACAUCAUUGAUUUUGAAUAAGGAUGAUAUUCGAUGCGGUUGGCCAACUGUUAUUACAGUACAAACAAAAGACCAGUAUGGGGAUGUUGUUCAUGUUCCUAAUAUGAAGGUAGAAGUCAAAGCUAUUCCUGUUUCUCAGAAAAAAACAUCUUUGCAACAAGAGCAAGUUAAAAAGGUGCAACGGAUACCAGGGAGUCCUGCAACAGCCGCUUCCCCUAGCGGUGAUAUGACCUUCGGAGGACUUCCUUCACCGAAGCUUGAUUCUUCCUAUGAGCCAAUGAUAGUAAAAGAAGCUCGAUAUAUUGCUAUUACAAUGAUGAAGGCAUAUGAAAAUUACUCUUUUGAAGAACUACGCUUUGCUUCACCAACACCAAAGCGACCCAGUGAAAACAUGUUGAUCAGAGUCAAUAAUGAUGGUACAUACUGUGCAAACUGGACUCCUGGAGCUGUUGGUCUCUAUACCAUUCAUGUUACUAUAGACGGCAUUGAAAUAGAUGCUGGACUAGAAGUGAAAGUAAAAGAUCCGCCAAAGGGAAUGAUACCUCCUGGAACCCAACUUAUUAAACCAAAAGCAGAGCCUCAGCCAAACAAG